AUGGUGGAUAAUUACAGUUACGAACAUGUGAAAGAUUUUCCAUCGUAUAGAAGUGUGCUAAAUAACGUUGAUUUUUUUACUAAACAAAUAAAACAUAAAGAUCAUAAAGGUCAUGUAUAUCAUAUUGAGCAGGAUGAUAAUGUAUUUAAAAGAGUAACCGAUUCUGAAGUAAAAUGCAAAGAAAAGAAUGGAAAUAGAGAAAAUGAGUUCACUAAACUGUGCACACAAAUUAAUAAAUAUUUGGCCUAUUAUAGUAAUCAUGAUCAAUAUAAAAGUAAGCAUUAUGAAUAUUUAAAUUACUGGCUAAAUCAAAAAAUUAAAGGGACCCCAAUCUACAACAAUAGUUACGGAAAAAUAUUAAGUAAUCCUCAUUCCAUAGACAUAUCUAAAAAUCCUGAUAAAAAUAAAGAUAUAUACAAGUCUAAGAUACAUACUCUUGAUAGUAAAGUAUAUGAAAAUAUUGAUAAACUAGAUAAAUUGAAUGAAUAUUUUCAUGAUUUUGUAACGAAGAAGGAUAUUGGUAAAUAUGAUGCUAACAAAUUGUGUGAAGAUGCUAAAAAAUUUGUUGAAUUAUAUAAUGAUGAAGUUAAUAAAAAAUGUAUUUCAAAUUAUGACAGUAAAUAUUGCAAGGCGUUAAUAGAAUAUAGAGUUAAGUAUAAUACGCAAUACAAAUUUACAAAUAGGUGUGAAAACGUAAAGUACUUAAUGGAAAUUCCUGGAUCAGAGCGUUACGAAUAUUAUAUGUGGAGAAAGUAUGAGCAUAUGGCUGGUGCUGUGGCUAGUGGUACGGAUACUUUAAAAAUAAUUGGAAAAGUAAUUGCAGUUGCAUUAGGACUGGUCUUCCUGGCUAAGUUUACCCCACUGGGAUCAAUAUUAAAAGGUAAAAAAGGAAAGAAGAAAAAGUCAAGCAAGGAUGAGGAUGAAGGGGAUGCCGGUAAUGCUAAUGGCGAUAAUGAAGACGAUAGCAACAGUCAAGAUCAAAGUGACCCUUUGAACAUUUUUAAUCCUAAUUUUUAUAGUAGCGACAACUUACCGCCAUAUAAUGAAGAUUACAACAUUCAAUAUUUUUCUGCACCUAACUAUGGACGUACACAUAGGAGAUGA